CAAGGGACCUGUGACACGUCCAGUUCUGUGGAAGAGUGGGCUGAUUGGGGUCAGGACAUAAAGACAACAGUGGCAUAUUGAUUCCACUGUGGCCCAGGUACAUCACACAGCUAGGGACACGCAGACUGGGAGUGGAUGCAUGUAAAAUCGGGUGUCAUGGAGAGUGUACCAGAUGACAGAUUCAGCUCAUCAGAUACAGAAAAACUUCAUCAUGACCCAAAACUGGUUCCUCUCAAAGGCAGACAGACUGGAGUGGCAUAUGUCCUGUAUGGCCUUUUGAUCCUUCUCUUACUAAUCCUACUGAUGGUCACUGGAAGUAAAUUCUCUCAGCUGAGCCAAGGUGUUGAAGAAAUCAAGAUCUACCUGUCUGUAGCGUCUCAUAACUCUCCAAUCCCAACUAAGUCUACGCAGUAUGCAAGGGGCUGUCACGAUGGCUGGUCGCACUUUGAAGACCACUGCUACUACAUGUCGACUGAGAAAACCAACUGGAACAGUGCACAGCAGAGAUGCAUUGAGCAACAGGGAUACCUGUUUGUCCCUAACACUUUGAUGGAGAUGGCGUACAUGACGGAGCUUGCAAUAGACGGAGAAAAGUACUGGAUUGGGAUGGUGGAAUAUGGAUAUGGC